GAUGGUCCUUUAUGGUUCUGCAUUAUCAUUUCCUUUUAUAUUUCCAAUAAAAUUCAAGCUAAUAUUUUUUAACAGUAUUGAUUCCAUGCAGCUUCCUAGAAGGAAGCUGGCACUGAAAGGUGGAAGAAGCUCACCGCCAUCAUAGAUCCUGCUAUAAGGUAGAAAUGGAGGUUGAGGGGGGAGUGCAGUUUGAGGACUACUUCCCUUCUAUGAUGGAGGGGUCGGGCGCUGAGGGCUUCAUUAUAGAGCUCUGCAAUGGGUUUCACCUGCUCAUGGACGUGGAGAAAGGGCUUAUCACUUUUGAGAGCUUGAAGAGGAGUGCUUUGCUGUUGGGGUUGCAGGACAUGGGAGAUGAUGAGAUUGUGUCUAUGUUGAGUGAGGGCGAUUUGGAUGGAGAUGGGGCUCUCAACCAGAUGGAGUUCUGCAUUCUCAUGAUGAGACUGAGUCCGGGUUUACUGGAUGAACCCAAGCAGUGGGUGGAGGAAAUGUAUAUACAUGAACCAGAUGAAGAAGCUCUAUGGUUUUAGUUAGCUAUGGUGUUCAAUGUUUAUGCCGCCUUCUUUCAUAUCUUUUAGAUUUCAUCCUCUUCUUGAUGUGGUGUAGUCACUGGAUAAUAGAAUAAUCAUGGUAGAGUUGCUUGGAUUUUCUUUUCUAUCAAUUAUUUUCAGUUAGAUUGAAGUCGAUCGACUCAGAAUAUUGUCAAUUUGUUAUAUGCAACAAAAUCAAUUUCAAUGGUUAUCUGGGAAA